ACCUUUCCUUUCUAACACUUUCUCUCUCUAAAAAGUUCUCAUUUUUUUUUCCUUUCAUGGCGUCUCCGGGGCAUUAUAGGGGCGUAAGGAAGAGGCCGUGGGGGCGUUACGCGGCGGAGAUACGUGACCCAUGGAAGAAAACCCGUGUUUGGUUAGGGACGUUUGACACACCUGAAGAAGCUGCUUUGGCCUACGACGGCGCCGCCCGUUCUCUCCGUGGUCCGAAAGCCAAGACCAACUUCCCAUCCCCGCCGUCGUCUCCGCCAUCUUUGUCACUUGACCUGAAUAGCUUCCCGUCAAAUCACCAUAACCUCCACCAGCAUAUCAGGUGGGUGGCUGCACCACCGACACGACAAGUGAUGGUUGGAAGGGAGUUGGAGUUGCUUCAUAGUGGAGUGGUCAGAGAUCGCCACCACGGUGGUGCCUGUUGCUCGGCCAUUUUGGUGGGCAAUGGUGGAGGAGCCGGUGGACGUGCGGUGGAGGAGGGUGGUUCAGAUGAGAAAACGGCGGGGUUUUUUGGGAUUGUGAGACGUGGAUUGGGUAUAGAUUUGAACGAGCCUCCACCCAUUUGGCUGGGAGAUGCAUCGUAGGCUCGUAGCGUAUUUUUUUUUGUUAUGUUCGUACGACAGCGUUUUAUGCCUUUUCUAUUGAUGUUUCUUGUUUUUCUAUUUUCAUCUUUAUUUUCUACUUUUGUUAGUGUAUGAGAAAGACCAUCAAGCUCUUCUGUAAAUAUGAAAUUUGAUUGGCGAGUAA